ACCAAUUCCGGCGACCCCUCCCCCCCCUGACGACGACUUCGGCGAGGUACCAGCGGCCAUCAUGUGUGGUGGAGCGUCCCUCGCGGACGUCAAGGUUCCCACGGUGACGUGGAAAGUGACGAAGGCGGCUCUAUGUCCCAAGAAGAAGAAGCCCCGGCAUGGCAGCAACGGGGGCCGAUGCUUCACAGGGCUUGGUGGGCGCAUGGGACCCGACGUGGACGACAACGAGGAGGAUUUCGAGGCCGAACUCGAAGUGUUCGAGGUCGACUUCGGGGACUCCGACGUGGAGCUCGGGCGCACUAGGGUGGAUGAGAAGGAUGACGACAACGAGGUCGUCGAGAUCAAGUCCUUUGCCGCCGCCAAGAGUUCCCUCUCCCAAGUGAUUGGUUGUUGUACCAGGAGAUUGUGUGAUUGGUUCGGAAAAGAUGACUUAAGCACCAUGACUACUGCAGGUUUUGAUGGUCCUUCAGCAAAAAGGAAGAGAAAGAGUCAAUUUAGGGGUAUUCGUCAGCGCCCCUGGGGUAAGUGGGCUGCUGAAAUCAGAGAUCCAAGCAAGGGUGCACGUGUCUGGCUUGGUACUUUCAACAGUGCUGAAGAAGCUGCAAGAGCUUACGAUGUUGAAGCACGCAGGAUCCGUGGCAACAAGGCCAAGGUUAACUUUCCAAAGGAACCAAUAGUUCCACAGAAGCGUCGUGCUCGCCCUGGUGCUCCUAAAGCACCAAAGCUAAGCGUGGCAUCGGAACCUUCUGUCAUGCCAUCAGUCAACAACCUUUCCAACCCAAAUGCUUUCAUCUACCCAUCUGCUAACUUUGCAUCAAACCAGCCACUUGCUCUACCUGACAACCUGUCAUUUGUUCCUAUAAUGAACUCUGAUGGCCCUGUUGAAGCCUCUGUUAUGAAUCAGUACUCUGACCAGGGAAUCAACUCCUUUAGCUUCUCUGACUUGGAGUGGGAUUACAACACCAAGAAUCUAGAUAUACCAUCCAUUGCUCCAAUUUCUACCAUUACUGAAGGAGCAGAAUAUGCACUUGCCCAGAGUAACGCCUAUAACUCAGUUGUGAUUCCUGAAGGAGCUGAAUCUGCACUUGCCCAGAGUAACACCUACAACUUAGUGGUGCCUCAUGUUAUGGAGAACAAUGGUGUCGAUUUCGAUGCUUGGCCAAGGUUUCUUAUGGAUGAUGAAGUGGACGAGCCGAUUGAUAGCCUUCUGAAUUUUGAUGUACCUCAGGAUGUCGUUGUCAACAUGGACCUUUGGAGCUUCGAUGGCAUGCCCAUGUGUGGUGAAUUUUUAUAAGGGAUUCACACCCUCUAUAUAGGGAUAAAAGGAGUAAGACUAUGGGAGAUUGGGAAGCACCCUAUUGUCACCUUUGGCUAGCAUAUGCUUAUGUCCAAGAUUUGAUGCAGAAAAGUUGCAUCCUAAGUCUCUUUUUGGAUAGACCCUUUCCCUACUCAACUGUUUAUGUGUGGAAGCCAUUUAUGAUGAACCGUUUUCUUUAUCUUCUGUCAACUUUUAUGUCGUUGCUACCAUUUCUAAAUGUGAACAACAUGAAUCUAUGUCCAAAUUGUGUUAAUCUAUGCACUUGAUCAUUUUUUCCUUUA